CCUCUCUCUCUCUCUCUCUCUCUCUCUCUCUCUCUCUCUCUCUCUCUCUGAUCCAGAAUCGAAGGCAAUCCAAUAGACAACCUUACCUUGCCCUAAUGCCUCCUCCUCCAUUCCUCAAACAAGAAAACAUCCCCAGAUAGCUAGGAGGACGGCACGCAUGGAGCAGCUGCCUGUUCUCGCCAGUGGCUCAAAGGCCACCACCACGACGCCCUUCUACUUCGCCUUAGAUCACAGAGCCUCCACGUCGUCUUCCCCGCCGGAGGAGGCGCCACAAACCUCGCCGCCGCCGCCUGCCGUCUCAGAUCCUCCUGGACAGUCCAACAGCGAGAGGGGAUCGGAAAUAAUCAAAGCGAAGAUCAUGUCUCACCCUCUCUAUCCGGCUCUUCUGAGAGCCUUCAUAGAUUGCCGAAAGGUUGGAGCGCCGCCGGAGGUCGUUGGUCGGCUUUCGGCCCUCGCCGGUGAGGUCGAGAUGAAUUCAGGCGACGUGCAAGAACAACCGGCUGAUCCGGAGCUCGAUCAGUUCAUGGAGAUCUACUGUAACAUGUUGGUAAGGUACAGACAGGAGCUCACAAGACCAAUCGAAGAAGCCGACGAAUUCUUCAGAAGCAUGGAGGCCCAGAUCGACUCAUUUUCGCUAGAUGACAAUGGCUACGAAGUGGGUGGUUCCUCCUCCGACGAUGAGCAAGAAACCGUCGACUUGGUCGGCCUGCCGGUCGCUGAGACGACCGGCAGCCCGAGCGCGGAAGACAAGGAGCUGAAGAACCGCCUCCUGAACAAGUACAGCGGCUACCUGAGCAACCUCUGGAAAGAGCUCUCGAGGAAGAAGAAGAAGGGCAAGCUGCCGAGGGACGCGCGCCAGAAGCUCCUCCACUGGUGGCAGCUCCACUACAGGUGGCCCUACCCGUCGGAGCUGGAGAAGGCGGCGCUGGCGGAGUCGACGGGGCUGGACGCGAAGCAGAUCAACAACUGGUUCAUCAACCAGCGGAAGCGGCACUGGAAGCCGGCGCCGCCGGCGAUGGUGCUGGCCACGGACUACAGGCUGCGCCCGUACGGCGGCGGCGCCUCGAGCAGCUCGGGUUCCGCCGCUCUCCGCAUGGAGGGGCAGCACUUCGCCGGCGGGAGCUCGUAUCCGCGUGGCCCCUGAUGUCGUCGGCCCUGCUGCGCGCGGCCUGAGCGCGCGAGGUCGACGACAUGGAUUGAUUCGAUCAUGGGUUGCCGUACAUGAUGCAUACAUACACGUGGUUUGGAUAUACAUGGUGUGGACGUGUGGUGUUUCCUGUACAGAGAAGUGUAAUGUUCUCCUUAAUUUCUCACUCAUAUAUACACAUGCUUAUAUAUAUGUAGCUAAUGCCAAAGUUAUAUAUAAAGUUGUAACCUUGUUUGUUUCACUAACAUGAGAUCAGUUGUACUUGUACACGUAUAUAUUAAUUAUAUUGUUGGCAGCAAUAUA